AUGCCGAUCACACUGUCCGUACUCGUCUUCCGCGGCGAUCCAGUCGACGCUAUGGAGUACCGCCAUGCGGGCAUUUACCUGGACUAUGGCAAGGACCAGUCAAGCAUGAUGCAUGUCGUGGGAGCCCCGGGGGUUUUCAGGUUUCAAGAGGAUGAUAAGAUGGAUUAUGCAAAGAGUGAGAAGCUGGAGAGACAUAUUCUGGUCACGACAUUGCAUAAAGGCUUCACCAGAGACAUGGUGAAGGCUGCGUGCUCCAGGACGCCGGUGAAGAAUGACGGUUCUGAGUGGAACUGUCAGCAUUGGGUGGGUGAUGCCUUGAAGGAGCUGAUGAAGCUGGGGGUUCAAUGUCUAACGAAAGAGCAGCGGGAGGAAGCACUUGAUAAGAUGACCGCUGCGGUUGCGGAGGCGAAGGAUGAGAAGCAUUUGUGUGUCACUGUGAGUGGAUGGACAUGA